UAUAUACUCUCGAGGUAGGAAGAACACAGACCAAAAUCUUUCUCCUUCUCAAUCUAUUCCAUAUUUUCCCAUUCUUUAUUUGCUCUCUCUCUCUCUCUGAGAGGAUGUCUGUUUCUUGAAGAAGAGAAAAGUCUUCCUUUUUUUUUUCUUUUUCUUUUUUUCCAUUUUAUCCUUCUUUUCCUCUCCCCUGACCUCUUUUUCUGAACAAAGCUAAAGGUUUUUCUUUCUUAGUCAUCCAUCCACACUACUUGUAAUUGUAUGCCUAUGAUACACAAAUCACUCGCAUAUUCUUUCUUCUUUUUCCUUUGUUUUAGAACCACAACAACUGCUUGAGAAUAAAAAUGUCCAGAAAAGAGAUUUUCGACAGACCCUCUUCGCAUCCGAUUCCUGAUCUUUCACUCCACAUAAGCCCUCCAAAGAGCGCCCCUUCCUCAAUUUGCACGAAUGAAGGCGAUUCCAGCUUCGAUAUUUGGCACAAAGAAGGUGAUCAUGACAGCCUGAAAUCCCACAGCGACGGCUCCAUCAGAGCUGCUGACACAGAGCUCUCUCUGUCAAGUGCUUUGGAGGCUGAGAGUCCAUGGAGAAGAAACUUCAUCACUGCUGUGGAUCAACAGGUUCACAUAAAUCAUGGGAUUUCGCUGCUUAAUGUUUCUGAUCAUCAGGGAUUUGUCAAAGCCAUAAAGGGAAUUCCUGUGUACAAUAAUGGGAAUUCUUCCUCACCGUUUUCAGCUUUAGAUCGUUUCAAAGAGAGGGCAGCGUAUCCAGCUUGUGCUUCCUUCAGGCCUUGUCGACAGCUUCCUUCAGGCUUUGAAGCCAUGUCGAGGUAUAAUGGGAUAACCAUGGAGAGUCUAAGACCCCAACAGUUUCAGUAUAUGCAACAACAGCAAGAUUUCUCAAAUGGGUUCAUGAGAUCAAGGUGUAUGCCAAAGCUACAGAGUAAGAGGAAUAUGAGAGCACCAAGAAUGCGUUGGACAACUUCUCUUCAUGCCCGUUUUGUCCAUGCUGUUGAGCUCCUUGGCGGCCAUGAAAGGGCUACUCCAAAGUCAGUUUUAGAGCUAAUGGAUGUCAAAGAUCUAACACUUGCUCAUGUCAAGAGCCAUUUACAGAUGUAUCGAACUGUCAAGAACACAGACAAACCUGCAGCUUCCUCUGAUGGAUCUGGAGAUGAAGAUUUCUUGAUACACACAACUCCAGCCCCCCAUCAAAACGACAACUGUUUACAAAGUCAAAAAAAGGCUUCAAAUGCAGCUUUAGAACAUGAAGUGGGAUACCUUUCUAAUCUGUGGAGUAACCCUUCCAGUAGAGGAGCAUGGUUGCAAUCUAAUCCAAGGAAUCUGGAAAGGUUGAGACCAGAAACUCUGCCAUCCCAUCAAAGAUCUGGAGACCAAUUUGAGGGAAACGACUUCUUCGCUCAAUCAAUUAUAAACUCCAAAGGGUCAAGUUUGGACCCCAAGAAUCCAAGCUUGGAGUUCACCUUAGGGAGACCCGACUGGCUCAUCAGCAAAGAACAUGACUAAUUAAUUGAGUUAAUUAGUAUUUUGCUAAUUGUUUUAGUAUUUUCAUGGUAAUUAAUUAAGAAACGGGCACUAAUAUAUAUAGGUCCAGUGGGUUCAUUAGCUAGCCUCUAAACCAAAAAAAAAAAAAAAAAUCAUCUAUAAGUUCCAUGCAUGUUUGUACAUACUGUUGUGAGGUGAGGUGAGGUGAUGUGAUGAAUUGUGAAUGAAUAUUAGUUAAAAAUGUCAUGAAUGAAGAAAAAGCAGAAGAAAAGAAGGAAUCAAAUUCUAAUUA